AUGGCGACUAUAUUCACAGUCUUCAAAGGGUCUUCGACUGGCAAGAUCACUGAGGGCCAGACGACAGUUCCAACCUUGCAAAGUAACGAUGUUCUCAUAGAGAAUACGCACUCUGGAGUUUGCGGAACUGAUGCACAUUACCUUCAUACGGACAUGGUAUUGGGCCACGAAGGCGUCGGCAUUGUUAAAGCUGUGGGAAGCAAAGUUAGCCUUGUUAAAGUCGGUGAUCGAGUGGGAUUCGGAUAUGUCAAGGGUGGAUGUGCUGAGUGCCAAUAUUGCUUGGCAGGACACACCUGGCACUGCGUUAAAGGUGCACACGCAUUUGGUAUAUCUAAUUUUGACCAAGGGUCGUUUGCGACUCAUAGCGUGUGGCCGGAAACACGACUGGCAAUACUCCCUGACGAGAUACCCAGCGUCUAUGCCGGACCAUUUAUGUGCGCUGGACAGACUGUCUUCAUACCAUUUUUGCGACAGGGCAUCAAGCCUUCUGACUGUGUUGGCAUUGUGGGAAUCGGCGGGCUGGGUCAUCUUGCUAUCCAGUUUGCGGCAGCUUGGGGAUGCACUGUUGUGGUGUUUUCCAGCUCAGACAAUAAGAAGCAAGAGGCUAUGGGCUUUGGCGCUACCAAGUUCUAUAACACAACAGGUUUGAGCGCGGCAGAUGUUCCAAAGAUCAAUCACUUGUUGGUCACUACCAGUGCGACCCCUGAUUGGCAGCUAUACACUAAAGUAAUGGCACCAUUCGGUCAUAUAUAUCCUCUUACUAUUUCGGAAGGCAGCCUCGAAUUCCCUUACAUGCCUAUGAUAAUCAAGGAAUUGUCAAUCCAUGGCAGCUGCUCGUCUACUCCAGAUGAGGUCCAAACAAUGUUGCAAUUUGUCGUGAAGCAUGGCAUUAAGCCUAGCAUUGAACGAUUUCCAAUGACGGUAGAAGGAAUUACCAAUGCGUUCGAAAGGCUUGAGCGCGGAAAGCUACGCUAUAGAGGCGUACUUGAAGCUUAG